AUGUCUAACCCAGCGUCGAAGAAGCCCCAACGCCGCUUUCAAUUCAUCGACAACAAUAAUGUCUCGUCCAUGGGGGCCAACUCAACCCAAGUUCGGCGUCAUGUUAUGCAAGAAUACAUGAGAGAAAAGCGGUGGGCUGCUCGUGCCCAAGUCCCCGACGCUGCUGAAUCUGAACCCCAGAAUCGAAGGAGGCCGGUAAAAGUACGAUGGCAGACCCAGACCUCACAGAAACGCUCCCAUAGCAAGCCUCUACCAAUCGUGGCUUCGCCAAAUUCAGAUGGCAGCACCUCGUCGAGAGCACCUUCAAGCGCAAAGGACGACCAGCGUAGCCAGUCUCGCGAACCUGCUCAGGGGUUUGUCCGGUACGAUGGUGAACCUCCUUUGACGUCAACGAAAGUCAAGCGCCCUUUUCGACUGAGCCCAGCGGCCUUUGCAAAGUUGGCCGAUAUGAUCACCAAACCGCCAGAUUCUCCCCCUUCUUCGAUCUCUUCUGGUGAUUUUUGGCCCUCUACCGGUAGGGCCUUGCCAUCCAAUACAUACACCACUCAGAAUCCAGAGCCCCAGUCUUUUCUGAGUGCAGCUCGAACAGACCCUUUUGACUGUUUGCCGAUGAAAUUAAGCACCCAAGACCAGGAGCUCUUUGAUUUCUAUGCCAACGUGAUGCCCGCAUGCUCUUAUGGAUUCGAAAGGCGAAGCCCCCAUGCUCACAAUUGGUACCUUUCCGUUUUCAUCCCGGAGGCCAUGAAAGGGGCCGUGUGUUUCCAGAAUACCAUCCUAGUUCACGCCGCAAACACGCAAGCCUGGGUGAAAGGACUGGCGGAAACGCGUCUGGCCAUUGAGCAUCGAGCCAAAGCAUCGCAGUUGCUCCUCCAUCACUAUCAGCAGCACCCCCACGAUACAUCGGAUGCAACAAUAUCGGCCACCAUCUCAGCCGCUGCCCUGGAGGAUUUUGAUCCUCGUAUUGAACGCCGCAAGUACGCUUGGAUGCAUUGGCAGGCUGCCGUGCAAAAGAUACGGGAUCGAGGAGGACCUUCUGCUUUGGUUCAACACAAUAGGCUUCAGAUGUUGAUUAACUGGUCUGAUUACAUCUUCUCCGGUUACAAUGGACAUGGCCCAACCUUUUAUUUUGACCAUCAGUCGUCGCCGCACCAUUCCAGUGAUCAAGAAGCUGAGGCUAUUGCUCGUGCUGAAAUUGCCCAGCAAUGCAGCGAAUUCAUCACGUUUCUCAAAUGUGCUGAACACCUCGCCCUGGUGCAGGCCGGGAUGCAGAGCAAUCCCAUAUGGAGGAAGCAGCAGCCUAUGCGCUACUCGGUAUUCCUUCCUGGACAACCUCUCUACAAUUUGCUAGCGAGCCCAAACGGUGCCAGAUACACAGAGACGGGACAAUUCAAACAAAUCGUCUCCAGACUCGCCGCGUUGAUGACAAUCAACACGGCCAUUUGGGAAUAUCGGCAUUCUACGGAGCUGAGCGAAGAAUUCUUCGUGGAACUAAUCGAGAAUAUCCUGCAUAAUGACCUCGAUCAACACAUCUCCGUGGAGGCUCUCAUUCAAAUAUUGUUGAGUGGUAGCAACAACCCGGUCUUGCUGCAUUCUGAGAGACCGUGGUUUGUGGGGCGAAUGCUGAAAGUUUCCAAGCGCCUGUCACGACCGACAUUCGAAAAGCUGAAUGAAUUGCUCCUACGGUUCUUGACUUUGGGACCAGAGUUGGAGCCAGUUAUGAUGGGUUGGGAAAACGAACUUCGCACUGAAAUCCUGCAGGCCCCUCUGGUCAGCUAUCAGUCGAGAUUCAUGCUGGGCUGA